AUGGCAUCAAACUUCGAACAACCAAUCCUGCAGUGGGACUCGAAAGACAUGUACCCGGAGUUCCAACGUUUCAAACAACACGUGGAAUUCACAUUCAGAGGACCGCUAGCAUCCAUAAAUGCUAAACAAAAGGCUGGGUGGCUUGGAAAGUGGAUAAACCAGCAGGGCCGUGAACUAUACAAAACAUUCACGUUUCUGGAAGGAGAAGCAGACGACACUACGAUUGUGCUAAAAAAGAUAGAGGAUUACGUGAGACCGCGACAAAAUAAAAGGGUUUCACGGUUAAGGGCCCAUCAAAGAAAACAACUAGACGGUGAGUCAUUUGACAAUUUUACGAAGGAUCUCAGACUUCUUGUCAUGGACUGCGAAUAUGAGAAUUCCGAUGACAUGUUGGUGGACUUAAUCAUAAGCGGUGUCAAACAUCCAGAAUUUCAAGAAAGGCUACUAGACCAUGGACAAAAGUUAACCAUAAACAAAGCUAUCGAGAUAGGCCAACAGUAUGAACUGUCCCUACAACAAAUGAAGAUGAUGAGAGGCGAAGAAGUUCUUUCCCUCAAAAGUAAAUCAUCAGAGAGAAAUAAUAAAAAUGAUGACAGAGGCUACAAAAAGCACAAAGAAAAGAGAAAUGAAAAAGGUCAUGGGAAAAAAGAUUAUAAUUACAAGAAACGGGACACGCACUGUGGGAAAUGCGGAAAACAACAUGAAAUUGGAAAUUGUCCAGCUUUCAGUGCAACUUGUAACUUUUGCAAAAAGAAAAAUCAUUGGAUCAACAUGUGCCGGAAUAAAAACAAGAAUAUCAACACGGUUGAGAACGAAUCGGACAUUGAUACCAGCGAUGACGACCUCUUACACAUAAAUACAACAACAGUUUUCAAUACUGUUGACUCAUCUGAUGACAAAUGGUUGGUCGAAAUGAGACUAUGCAAAGAACGGACAACAUUCCGCAUUGACACCGGUGCAAAAUGCAUCAUUCUUGUAAAAUCAACAUUUGGGAAAGUAAAAAAAUUCGUUAAAUUGAAUCACUCAACAAAAACACUAAACUCAUUCACAAACCAUCGAAUUAAAUCAAUCGGUACGAUUAUUGCGCCACUGAAGUACAAAGAUAAGAAAAUCAACGUACAAUUUAAAAUAGUUAACUUGCUACAGGAGAACAUCAUCAGUGGUGAAACGGCUGAAAAACUUGGAUUGCUUCAGCGUAUAAUCAAAAUGGACCUGUCCCCAAAAGAGGAAUUAUUGCGGGACUUCCCUGACUUAGUAAAAACUACUGAAAUAUUACCAGCGGAAUACCGCAUUAAACUUAUUGAAAAUGCGGAAGGGGUCAUACAUGCACCACGCAGAAUCGCUGCAUCCUUAAAGCCUCGAGUGGUAGAGAAACUUCACGAAAUGAAAGAAAACGGUUACAUUACACCAGUUCACCAACCUACCGAAUGGGUCAGUUCAAUGGUCGUAUCACUGAAAAAAGAUAACAUUAGAAUCUGCAUCGACCCUAAAGACCUAAACAAGGCGAUAAAGCGCGAACAUCAUCCAAUGAAAAAUGUCGAUGACGUUGUGUCAAACAUACCAAAUGCGAAACUAUUUUCAGUACUCGAUGCAAAAUCUGAUUUCCUACAAAUUCGACUUGACGAGAGCUCAUCUUACUUAACUACGUUCAACACACCUCUUGGCAGGUACCGCUGGCUCAGGCUACCGUUCGGAAUCAAGUCGGCUCCAGAAAUAUACCAGCGCAUCAUGGAUGAAAUGUUAAAAGACGUCGAAGGAGCGUUCGCAAUCAUAGAUGACAUUCUUAUCGCAGGUGACGACAUAGAGCAUCAUGACAAAAUAUUUAAAACCGUUAUAAAAUGCGCAACAGAGUAUAACUUGAAACUUAACUAUGAUAAAUGUAUGAUCAGACAAACAAGUGUACCAUAUAUGGGACAUAUCCUCAGUGAAAGUGGUUUGAAGGCAGAUCCUGCCAAAUUGAAGUCGAUUUUAGAAAUGCCAACUCCAAAGGACAAAGAAGGUGUUCGACGAUUCUUGGGGUUCAUACAGUACCUAGCAAAGUUCAUACCAAAUCUCAGUCAGGUAGACGGACCAAUCAGAAUCCUCCUCAAGUUCGACAUUGAGUUUGCGUGGAACAGCGAACAAGAAUUUUUUUUUAAUGAACUUAAACGCCUUUGA